AAGUUUUCCAUUCCCAUUAUAGCUUCCUUUGCUUGUUUCUUGGGGUUUGGUAUAGGAUGCCAUCGCUUUUUUGUUCCUAUUUUUGGUGCUUUACCCUAUUUUAAUUUUCAUUAUAAAGCCAAACAUGCGUCAUUGAAUUUGUCUUCACUUUAGUUUAAAUUUAUUGCUUUCCAACUUUCAACAAAAAAACCAUCUAAAACAUCAAGUUUGGCCAAUUCCCGCUCCUGUCUCAGACUUCUAAGAAAUGGGUAGCAACGAUGAAGAUGAUUCAGGGAGCAUUGUUGUCAUCAAUGAUUAUGAAGAUUCUCAACCAGCAACCCCUCCUAUGGAACAACCUAUGGUGGUGGGAGCAGCAGCAGCUCAAGCCCCAAUUAUUUCAUCAUACAAUGACAAAAUCCGACCUUUGCUUGAUGUCAUCGACAGGCUCAGGCUGCUCAAUGUGAUGAAAGAAGGCAUACAGCUCCCCACAAUUGUUGUGGUUGGAGACCAGUCAUCAGGCAAGUCUAGUGUUCUUGAAUCCUUGGCAGGUGUUAACCUUCCUCGUAGCCAGGGCAUUUGUACCAGGGUACCUCUCAUAAUCAGGUUGCAGAACCAUGCAAGGCCAAGGCCAGAGCUCUACUUGGAAUACAAUGGCAAAAUGGUCCCAGUGGAGGAACCCCAGAUUGCAACAGCCAUAAACAUUGCAACUGAUGAGGUUGCGGGCUCAGGUAAGAGCAUAUCUGACAUCCCUUUAACUUUAGUGGUGAGAAAGGAUGGGGUUCCUGAUCUUACCAUGGUUGAUCUUCCUGGAAUUACCAGAGUUCCUGUCCAUGGCCAGCCUGACAACAUAUAUGAGCAGAUCCGGGACAUCAUCAUGCAGUACAUAACACCGAAGGAAAGCAUUAUCCUUAAUGUUCUGUCGGCUACGGUUGAUUUUUCAACUUGUGAAUCCAUUAGGAUGUCACAACAAGUGGACAAGAAUGGUGAGAGAACUCUUGCUGUGGUUACUAAAGUAGAUAGGGCCCCUGAAGGGCUUGCUGACAAGGUUACUGCAGAUGAUGUGAAUAUAGGACUUGGUUAUGUUUGUGUUCGGAAUCGGAUUGGUGAUGAAUCCUAUGAAGAAGCAAGGAAGGAAGAGGCUAGAUUGUUCGAAACUAAUGCACAUUUGUCAUGUAUUGAUAAAUCAAUUGUGGGUGUUCAUGUUUUGGCUGAAAAGCUUGUCCAAAUUCAAGCUAAUGCAAUUGCAAAGUGCUUGCCAGAGAUUGUUAAAAACAUUAGUGCAAAGCUGGAUGCAAAUGUUUCAGAGCUAGAGAAAAUGCCAAAGGCCUUAACUUCUAUUGCUGAUGCCACUCAAGCUAUGAUGAGGAUCAUUCAAGCAGCUAAAGAAUCCCUCAAGAAACUUCUUUGGAGAGGGGAAUUUGAGGAAUACCCCGAGGACAACACGAAGCACGGGACUGCACGGUUUGUCGAAAUGCUGAACCGGUUCUCCGAUGAGCUUCACAACUGCGAGGAAAGUAAUCUGUCAAAAGACUUUUUAACAGAAGAGAUCAAGGGUUUGGAAGAAGCUAAGGGGAUCGAAUUACCAAACUUCCUUCCCUCUGAAGCAUUCCUUCGUAUCUUUCGGCGAAAAGUCGAGAGGAUAUCGUAUCUCCCUAUCAAAUUCACCGAAAAGUGUUGGGAUUACAUAGACAAUGUGGUGCUGUCUGUUUUGACGCGCCACUUGGAAAUGUAUUAUCACCUCAAGGUAUCCGCGAAAGGAGCGGCUCACAACCUUGUUCAAAAGCUGAGGGAGCAAUCAAUCAAUAGGGUGAAAGAGAUUGUAGAAAUGGAGAAGCUAACAGCCUAUACAUGUAACCCUGAUUACAUGAUGGAGUGGAAUGAGCUCAUGAAGCAACAAGAACAUUUCAUAAACCAAAUAUCUGGAACAAACAUGUGCUUGCGGCCUUGCAGUGUGAAUCUCGAAGGUUUCGGGGAAAUCCAAGUCGAACAUCUCAGACAACACUCGAAUGUUUCGAUCCUGCAACAAGCUUUUGGCCUGAAGAUGAGAAUGGUUGCUUAUUGGAAGAUAUUUAAGGAGCUGAUGGGACCAGAUGGACAUGGGAUAGAGAUGAUGCUGGUGGAAUCUCCUGCCGUUGUUGCAAAGCGUGAGAAGCUUAAAAACAGCAUCAAGGUGUUAAAGGAGUCCAAAGAUAGUGUGGCCAAGAUUAUGGACAGAAUUGUUGUUUAUGAUGCUUACUUGGUUUAAUAUUUUCACAUAAAAUUUGGGCCAUCAUCAUGGUUUGCUUAUUGCAUGUUUUAAGUGUCUGUAUUCUAUAUAUAUAGUAUAGAUUAUAAAGAAUUGAAGAUUAUAUAAUAAGGUCACAACUACUGUGGACGGUAAAUUUGGGGUGGGGGGGUUAGUUUUCUACUUUGUUUUAUUAUUAUUUUUUUUGUGUUAAUUUACAACGGUAAAUAUUUUAUAUCUCUAUGAAA